AUGGCCCCAAAGACGCUCACAUGGUCCAGAUCUUCAGCAUCACAUCUGGCUGAUAACACUGGAUGGAGAAUUAGGAGCAAGUCCCGGCAGACAUACCGCGAAGAGAGUGUUGGAUUUAGGCACAGGGACUGGUAUCUGGGCCAUCGAUUUUGUUUCGAGAUAGAUGAUCUCGAGCUUGACUGGGAAUGGAACCGACCAUUUGAUUAUAUUUUCAACCGUUCUCUGGCUGGCAGUUGGUCAAACUUCCGAUCCAUUAUCCAAAAGGCCUUUGACAACUUAGAGCCAGGUGGAUAUUUUGAGAUCCAAGACCUGGAGCUCCCUUCGUACUGCGACGACGAUUCUGUACCACCAACGGCAGCACUUUAUCGCUGGCAGCAUGCGCUCGUAGACGCUUCUAACGAAAUCGGCCGCCCGCUCAACUACGCACCUACCUGUAUCGAUGAUCUUCGAGAUGUCGGCUUCGUCGAGAUCCACCACCAGGUCUUCAAAUGGCCGUUCAACAACUGGUCCGAUGACCCGAAGCUGAAAGAAAUCGGCCGCUGGAACUGUGCGAACCUGGACAUGGGGCUCGAGGGCUUCUCUUUGGCGCUGAUGACAAGAGUCAAGGGGUGGGCCCGGGAUGCGGUCGAGAAGUUGUGCGACGAGGUCAAGAAUGAAGUUAAGGAUACGAGAUUACACGCGUAUUGGAAGCAGUGGGCAUGUAAUCUACGCAAGAAAACCUGGCGGGGCAUCAGUAUGAGUGAUCGAAAGGGUCAUGCUGUUCGCAAUGUCCUGAGUGAUGUGACCAUGCUGACCAAAUCUUCGAGCUGA